CACCGUGCGUACGAUAACGUCAUGGCCGAGAUGGAAGCAUUAAAAGCCAAAAGGAAGAGGACAUCUUCUUUAUCCCACGAAGACGCCAACUUGGAAUCCGUUAAUGAGCUUCAAAGCCCGCCAAGGAUUCGAACAAGAGGACGUCCAAAAAACAGGCUAGGUUCAAAGCUGGAGAAACAGAUUGCAAAUGCCACAAAGAAGAAGAAGACGAAAGUUUUAAGCGAGAUAAACCUGUUUGAUGCUGCAUCAGUGGCGCAUUCAAGUUGCAGCCAAUAUCAGGGACAAGUUAUAAAUUAUCAGUUCAGGGUACCAGCAGCAGAGGAUAACUCUUUGGGUGUAUAG